UGGUCGUGUUGUAAACAGCUCCAGCAUCAAAAUGAGCUGAUCUUGUGUAAACAUGGGCACUUACCCCGUUUCCUACUCAUGACCGUGAUAUCACAUGAUCAGCACUUUCAGAGCAGGCAAUAUGUCUUACAUUUGGACAGGGUUCCAGGAUUUUGUCGAUGGUUGAGUGUGGGUGAGGCAGCGACUGCUCUGAGACCUUUCUACUUCACUGUACACCCAGAUCUGUUUGGGCAGCACCCCAAAGAAAGGUCUAUCAAUGAAGAUUCCCUGAAGAAACUUCACCAGUAUAUAUUUGCCCUCAGAAAACAGGAGAAAGUUCCUCCAACCAAUCUCACAUUUUUUGCAAAGAAAGAUGCAGAUAAUUUGAAUCCAAGUCAUGUAAAGAUUCACCUGGCAUCACCAAAUAUCCGGGAUACAGUUACAACAGUACUAAGCUCCUGUCAGUUGCCACUGGACUACAUCAACACAAUUCCUGACGUUUCUCCAUCUACCAGGCAUAGGGUACACCAUGGACCUGACUUUGGAGACAUAUUUGCCAGACGUAAAGGUGGAGAAGAGUACUACAGAAAAGUACAAAAACUUAAUUUGUUAUCAUGGAUAAAAACCAAUUCCCAGAUCUCUAGAGCAAACACAGAAGAAUCUUUAGAGUUUGAGAAGGAUGUUGAGUAUAUCACUGGAAGGCUCAAAGAAAUGGUGGGGUUAAGGGCAGUUCGAUGGCACACAAAUUGGGGGCCUCGUCGGUAUACAGCUUGUCUGACGUCACUGGAAAAGGUCGCUGAGAAUCACCUAGCAUUUGUCAAAAAGUACCUCUCUGGGCGGGAUGUGGCAAUCAGUGACAGGAACGGGGUCAGCUUGUCUGGAGAAGUGUGCCUUAACCACACUGAUGUCCCUCAAGUUUGGCUGAGGAGAAUGACAGCAGUCCCUGCAUAUGAUGCAGUCUUAGAGCGCCUUCCUUUCAUGGAAAAGGAACUAUCUCAAUUAUUAUGUCACAUAAAAAUCCGUCGACGAGAACGUCACCAUAUUGUGAUGGCAGAAGAGUAUGAGCUUCUUCUUAACAAGAUUUUAAAUUCCAUGAGGAGAAGUCAGGAUCUUGUGAGGCGAGGGUUUAAAGACCAUGACCUUUCUCUUUUAGAAAUGGUGGUGGAAGGUCCAUCUGCACCCCUGACACUUACAAACCUGGGUCAAUAUUUAAUUCCUGUGUCUAUGCCAGGCUCAAUGAUUGUGGAGUUUAUAAAGAAUACUCGGCAUCAGGCAGAAGAACUUCUCCGGGAUGCUGUCUCUCUGAGGAUGAUUGAAGGGGAGGUGAUACAACAAACCCGAGACAGGCUCAAUCUGCGGAGCCUUGAAAAAGACUUGAAUAUUUCCCCGGCCCAGAUGACCCAGUGCUGUGAGCGACUGAUUGAUCAUGCAGAUGAACUCGGUACUUAUGUGGAGGGCAUUCGUAUACGUGCAACACAGUAUUACUCGGUGACAGACGAUGGAUUGGUGUGCAUACCUUGGAACUGGGAGGACGACAAUUAGAUGUGAUAUUUUUAUUUGAAAUGUAGUCUAGAGCCGUAUUUGACCAUAUAGUGGGUUUUUUCCAUGGGGGUUGGGGUGGGGUGUGUGAUUAUGUUAGCAGUUUGGUAUCAUGCCGUCAAAUUUUCAAUAGCUAAAUUUUGAACCUAAACGUGACUGCAAUCACAUGUAUAUUAGCAAGAGAGAUAGCUGUAUAGCAGUUGGUUUUUAUCAACCUCUACCCUGAGUUUUCGUUCUUAACACCCACAAAUACCUCUGUCAACAUCUUGAGAGUUUUUCAAGAUUUUUGUAAAACAGUUAAAAUGCUCAAAUAGAAAAUGGUUUCGCAUUUAGUUGUAAAUAUAUACGUAAAUAAAUCAAUAUUAAGCAGAAGUCAAGUCUUUCCGUGACACAAGAAGCAUUGAAUUGGGGUUAAACAUGGGCAUUGUGUGAUUACACUAUAUAGUUAUAGACAUGCAAUGUAAUGGGAAACAAAAACUACCAUAAGUUCCCUGCGCUCUACUUUUCUGAUAUUUUGUAAGUGAAUUAACACAUGCAAUACUACUGCUGAUUUUGAGACGUUGACAGAGUUUAUGUAUGUGUGAGCGUAAGGAACAAUAACUCUUGAAAGAGAUUGGGUUUUUUUUUAUGUCAAAGGUGAAAAGAACAUAUGUAACACUCUUCAGCUUGGGAGGUAAAAAAAAAAAACCUGCUAGUUUUGGUGGGUUUUUUUUUAUGUCAGUUGUUUCUGACGACAGUUAAACAUUUUCCAAAUAAGUGAACUCUACACUGCUGAUCAAUUCUUAAAUUUUUUUUAACUCAACGUCAUCCAAAAUAUAUAUGUAUACCCAAUACUUCUACAAGUAAGAGCCUCGUUUAUUGUUUUUAUGCUCCUUAUAAUCUUCUGUAUAUGAAGUAAUAAAAAAUAAAUAAAUGAAAUAAGAUGAAAAUAAAAUUUGUGAGCAAAAUAAACUGUAAUGUAAAUUUUAUAUAUAUAUAUAUAUAUAUAUAUAUAUAUAUAUAUAUAUAUAUGAUAACACAGAAUAAGAGUGUCGCUGCUGGACCACUAGCUGGUUGGAGUAGUAUACCUGGGAGCUAGAAAAUUGCCAAAUUUUAUGUCCUGAAAAAACCUUCUAUGUGGUGAUUUUGUUUGAAGCUAUGCAUUUGAUUUGGAAUGUGGAUGUUUUGUUACAUAUUAUGUGGAGAAUAUUAUUUAUAAAUAUUACCCCAAACAGUUGAAUAUGCCUGUUUGGUUGACAUGGAUCUUAUAUUUUGAAUAGAGACACUUUUGCUCAAUCCCUGUGGAUUGUAAAAUUUUCUUCCAAAUUUAUGUUAUGAAAUUUAUGUAUACAUAUAUACAGUGUUUACACAGGAAUUACUUUUAUAAAUAAAAUCAUUUUUAGUAAAUUACCCAUGUUUGUUUGUCCAUUGUUCAGCUUUGUUACAUGUACAUGUACAAGAUUUAAGCCUCAUCUACAUUGACUUUCAUUAGACUUGCAUGAAUGCAUGUAGAUAUGGAUUCCAAGGUUAAAUGUCAAAAUUCAGGGUCACUGAAAUGGAAUUUCUGAAAUUUUAUGUGAGCAAGAUAUAAAUUACAUUGUACAGUUUUCAUUUAAAGUGUGUUAGAUUUACAGGAAUAAACUUGUACAUGUAUAAAGA